AUGUCGUCACCUGCCGCCUCCGAGACUAAUUCCGAGGUUCUCAGACGGUGUCAAGAGAUCUUGGCACAGCAAGAGUCGGGUCCGAAGGAGUAUCAUGAAAUCGAAGACAAGCUUGCUUUGACUCCCUUACAGCCAGACACAAAAUGGGGUUUUGUUAUCGUCCGCGCUGUCUAUGGUCCAUCUAGCGAUGCGCCGUGGGCCCAAAUACUCCAACUUAUUCGUGCAGAGAUCUCGGAGUCUUUGACAGAGGCAGAUCAAUCAGAGCUGCUUUCACGUCACGAGAUGACCAUCAUUGAGGAUGAAGCAAUGCUCGCCGGCGCGGAUUCAUCCGGCGCAGCGGCAUACGCCGCGCGCCGCGCAUUUCGCGCUUGGGUAGCGGAUGAUCUGCCCCAACAGCUCCCCGAUAACUACCUAGACGAGCUAGGCGGACUUACACAGUUUCGUGAACAAUUGCUUAGCAAUACAAAGCACCACGCGGGCAAUCCUUUGAGCAUUAUGCCGCCUCGAUGGCGAUACUGCAUAUUCGUAGAUCAGCAUUGCUUACGCUCGCUGGAGGGAGGGCCUAAGGAGCCUGAAUUGAAAGAUCCAGCCUUGAAGAUUCUGACCACAGACUGGGACGGCGAAGUAACAGAGGUACCCGCUGAAGGAUUUACUGAAGACUGGGAUGGCGGCGAGACUAAUGAUGAUCACGAAGACGUUGGAUGGAUGUGGAUCGAUAUGACGGAUUAUGCUUCUAAGUACACUCAAUUGACUUCUGCAUUUGGAUGGGAAGAAUACUACGAGCGGCCUCAAAGGGGCUACGUGGAGACCACAAGAUCCUCCCAUGACUUGUCGUAA